AUGGCCAUUGUCAUCGUUCCUCUAUCCCUGAAAACCAGUGCAAAGGAUCUUCAGAGUAAGGCUUCAUAUGCAGUCUACUCCAUGCUGGGGAUCGGAGUCGUUGAGAUGAUCUGUGCUUCCAUCCAUGGCAUUGCGACUCUGACCUCCGAUCAUCCGAAUGCUUAUGUCAUGGUGGGCAAGCAGAUCCCGCAAGGCUUGUUCGACAUGGGUAUGGCUUUCGGGGGCGUUGCUAUUCUGCCCUAUGUCCUGGCGGACAUGCUCAACCCUCGCAACGCCAAGAAGGUAGUUCUCAAAGCCACAACAAGGAUCAUGAUUUUCUACCUCCUGGUCGCAAUGAUCGGAUAUUUUGGCUGGGCAGAUAGCAUUGAGAAACACACGCCUUUGCAGCACAUGAUGAUGAUGGGCUUCUGGUAUCAAAAUGCUGCUCGAAUCAUCAGCGCUCUCUUUGUCGUGAAGACCUGUACAACUUUUCCAUUGACUUUCUGGCCUCUGUACCGGGAGUUUGAGGCACUUAUCUCGCUGGAUGAAUCCCCAGGCUUGCAGCUGCAAUUGGCCUGGGCUGUACGCAGACAGCAAGUGUGGAAGAUUGCCACCAAAGUGCUUCUUGUCACCGCCUGCCUUUCGCAUCUGCUUCUGUCCAUGAGAAUCAAGCGCAGACUCAUGGCGCUCUUCAUGGGCCUUCCGCUGAAUGUUGGCCAGUUUGUGUUCCCUGCGUGUGUUGGAUGCUUGGCGAUCCGGCUCCACAGGAAGAUACUACAUGUGAAAAGUGAAACUGCUGAUCCCGGCCACACGAGCGAAGCAAAGUACCUCUGUAACAGCCUGGAAUUCCACUCCAUUGCUGUCCACAUAGCAGCGGCCCUCAUCAUUGUGCUCGGCAUUGCCUGGUUCGGGAUGACUGCC